AUGAUCCUGCAUUUUACUCCUGAUUUCAGAGUCAGUAGAAUUAUUGGAAAAAUCCAUGCAGGUUGAUCAAUACACAAUUUUCUCCAAACCAAGCAGCUCCAUAGAUGAAUUGAUAAGUUCAAUAGUGUCAUCAACUCAUAAAAUUGGAAUAUAUGUGAACCUGGACUGUGCUGCUGGAAUGGAGUUUUUUGUCAAGGCUUCAGAGAAAAACUUGCUGAGAAACAAAUACUCCUGGCUCCUCCUGGGAGACAUCACACAAUCUGUCAAAUCCAAACUGGAGAAAUGCAAAAAUUUAAAUUUAAUGAGUGACGUCAUGUUCGCAAUAAGAAAUGAAACUGCUUUCGAUUUGUUUUACGUUUAUAAAAUGAGUAAUGGAUCGUCACUUGCCAUUAAAAAAGCUGGAUUCUGGGAGAGAAAUUCUGGAAUUAGAUUUGCAACUAAUGGAAGCCUCAUUCACCAGAGAAGGAAUUGGGAAGGUGUUCUGGUUGAAGGAAUUACUGUGCUUUCAGACUUCAAAUUAAAUAAUACCGAAGAUGGCCUGAGAGAGUUGGCUGAUCCAAAUUUCAAAUACCACCAGGAUAUAAUGUCUAGAUUUUGUUAUGUUCUCUUCAAAAACUUUGAGAAAUUGUACAAUAUGACAUCGAUCUUCACGUUCCGCGCCCCCAACUACAUGGGCUCCCCCGACUCUCUCCUGCUCCAUUCUCAACAAGCAUCUGGCUAUCAAUCGUAGCCAUCACUACAAUCAUCACAAUCCUCAUGACAAUCCUACAAUCUUACAACU